UUCCCUCACUCUCUCUUUUUCUUUUCUUUCUUUUUUUUUCUCACUUUUAAUAAUCCAUUCCAAUCCCAUAUUCCCUUAUGCGUCUUAUUGUUCGUCAAGAUUACGAUGAAGUAUCAGCUUACGCCGCUUAUUAUGUAAAGGAAAGAAUCAGGCAAUUCCAACCUUCCAAAGAUAGAUUAUUCGUUAUGGGUUUACCGACUGGAUCAUCACCGAUUGGCGUAUAUCAUAAACUGGUGGAUUUCUACAAAUCAGGCGACGUUAGUUUUGAACAUGUGGUGACCUUCAGUAUGGAUGAAUAUGUUGGAUUACCAAGUGACCAUCCUCAAUCUUAUCAUACAUUCAUGUGGAAUCAUCUAUUCAAACAUGUCAAUAUCAAGAAAGAAAAUGUACAUAUUUUGGACGGCAAUGCAGAUGAUUUGGAUGAGGAAUGUCGCAAGUUUGAAGCUGAAAUUGCGAAAUUAGGUGGGAUCGAACUCGUUCUUGGUGGUAUUGGCCCUGAUGGACAUAUUGCUUUUAAUGAACCUGGAUCAUCUUUGACUUCUCGAACUCGUGUAAAAACGUUGGCAUAUGAAACCAUUAUAGCAAAUGCAAGAUUUUUUGGAGGUGAUGUAUCCAAGGUACCUAAAUUGGCAUUGACAGUGGGUGUAGCGACUGUGAUGGAUGCUAGAGAAGUAGUGAUUGUGAUUACUGGUGCUCAUAAAAGUCUAGCGUUAGCUAAAUGUAUAGAAGAAGGUGUCAAUCAUAUGUGGGCUGUAUCAUCUAUUCAAAUGCAUCCAAAAGGAUUGAUAGUGUGUGAUGAAGAUGCUACUUUGGAACUACAUGUCAAAACUGUGAAAUACUUCAAAUCAAUCGAACAUGUACAUCAUUCUAUCAUUGGACCUCAUAACUUAGGAUUACAGGGCAAUCUUUUACGGAAUAUGGUGGAUACAAAUCAAGCAGCAAAACGACGCCGAAGACUCAUGCUUCAAAGUCUGUUGAAUAGUGAAGAUGGUCAAGAUGAUGAAAGUGGACUAUCAUCAUCAGAUGGUGAAGUCAAUAGUAGUGUUAGUGCUAAUAAAAAACGCAAACUUUGAAAUAAAGCCCUUUUUUUUUCUUUUGUCAAUGCCCCUUA